AUGUUGCGCAAGGUUGCCAGGGAAACCGACGCUGCGAAGAGAAAACUAGACGGUGGUGGUAGUGGAGGUAGCAGUGGUGGCCAGGGACGAGCGUUUGGUGAUGUUGCCGGCGAUACGGGCCAGGCUGCCCCAGAAUGUUACCGGUUUCGUAUUCCACUAGCCCGUAUUAGUCAUGGCGUCCUCCAGGGCUCCGCAGCCCGUAGGGCCAAGCAGUGGGUCGUAUCGUAUUAUAUCCGGCCUCGCAACACCUUACGAUGUACGGCCGAUACUGGUAUCAGAUGCCACGCCACAGUGAAUCUUCUCUCCAUUUGCGAUGUCGUGCUGGGAAUGUAA